AUGCCGGCUCGUAUCAGACAAUGGGAGACAAUUUGCCAGUCAGGGUCUCAGAGAGUGGGAAACAGACAAGCCGAAGUCGCCAAUCAGGAAAUCCUCAAAGUUCUACGUGCUCACCUUGACCACGCCGGAGGCAGCUGGGUUGACGAGCUCCUCAAUGUGUUGUGGGCGCUUCGCACGAUCCUGACGGAGGGGACCGACGUAACCCCCUUCCACUUGGUAUACGGCAGCGAAGCCAUCAUUCCAGUGGAGGUCGGGGUAGAAUCCGAUCGAGUACAGUACUACGAUGAAGGAAACACCAAGUGGAGGCUCAUGGAGCUCGACUUGGUGGAUGAAACGUGGGCUAAAGUAGCUGUUCGGCUAAUGGCGUACCGAUAA